ACUUUGAUCAUUUCGAAAUCUGUUUGCAUUUGUGUCAUUACCGAACGUUACUUGUUGCGUGAAGUGCAUGUUUUAGCUUGUACAUGACAUUGUUGCACGUUGAACGUUUCUGCUAUAUUUGUUCGGACUUAGUGCUGCACGUUUUGUUACUUGCAUAUACCGUGGCUUGCUUUCUCAGUAUCGAUGGCAAACGUAUCCAGUGACAGUUCGGUUUAUAGGAUGAUCCAACAGAUUCAAGAUCGUAUCACACGACUUGAGGAGGUGAGCGAACCCGUGGAAUCUGCUAGGGAGCUAAACAAACAAAGUGAGGGGAAGAGAACCAUACCUAAAAAUCUAAAGAGGCCUCACCAUGAACCCCUCGAUGAUGGCCGAUUCAAGAAUCCAUAUGACCGAGAAUAUCGUCGACCAACUCGUGAUGAGAGGGCUGAUCCAAAGUUCAAACUUUUCGUGUUUACUGGAAAGGAGGAGCCCGAGGUCUAUCUUGAGUGGGAGCGCCAAAUGGAUGCCAAUUUCGAAUGUUAUUCCUUGACGAACCGAAGGAAGAUUCACUAUGCGGCUGCCCAUCUUGCCGAAGAUGCCAUCAUGUGGUGGGAACGAGAAGAACGAAAUCGACGACGUGCACAUUAUGAACCGGUUUCCACUUGGAAGGAGAUGAAAAUCCUCAUGCGAAAAAGGGAGACAAGACGGUUGAGGACUAUUUUGGAGAAUUUGAACAACUCCUUGCUUACUUGAGAAUCGACGACAAUGAAGAAGAUCUCAUGGCACACUUUCUAGAGGGCUUGAAAGACCGAAUCGCUAGAAAGGUAAACCCACACGUAUAUCGUGACUUGAGACAUCUUGUACAUACGGCAAUUCAAGUAGAGCGACAAAUGAACAAGAAGCUGUCAAAGAAUGGGUGCCAACGAACGCCAACGCCAACGCGUAUACCCGAAAAACUUUCCAAUACCGGAGACCCAAUGAAGGCGCAAAAUCUUGAUGCUCGAAAGGACGAAACUAUCUUAUAUAAAAGAGAAGUCCACACACGAGGUAACAAAACUUCUUCCUCGUGUACUUAUUUUACUUCUGAGGUUCCGUGUUCGGAGUGUAGGAACCAAAGUCAUUUACCCAAUGGAAGUUCCACCCGACAAGAGGUGAGCAUCAAGGAUAACGGGGCAUAUCACUCAAUCGCGUUGGCUGUGGGGAGGCACCUUGAGGAUGAUUUCGAAGUUCCAUCUGACAAGGAGACCAAGAG